UGAGCCCCCUCGCCGGCGCCCGCAGCCGCGGGGCCCUUCGCCCAGACUCGCACCAAACUUUUCCGCCCUGGGCUCGAGAUCCUGGACUCUGGGGCCUCCCCGCCCUCCCCUUUCCCGGGUUCCACCUCGAGCCUCUGGACUAGGAGAGCAGCCCCCCUCCGCCUGUCCCUCCCUCUCUCCAGCCUUUUUGGGGAGGGGCUGUCCACGCUCCGGAAAGUUCCCGAGGGUCGCCCGCGCCGCGCUCGUCUCUCUAUUUCGCCUUCACCUGGAUAUAAUUUCUGAGCGAAGCUGCCCCCAGGAUGACCACGCUGGCCGGCGCUGUGCCCAGGAUGAUGCGGCCGGGCCCGGGGCAGAACUACCCGCGCAGCGGGUUCCCACUGGAAGUGUCCACCCCCCUCGGCCAGGGCCGCGUCAACCAGCUCGGCGGCGUUUUUAUCAACGGCAGGCCGCUGCCCAACCACAUCCGCCACAAGAUCGUGGAGAUGGCCCACCACGGCAUUCGGCCCUGCGUCAUCUCGCGCCAGCUGCGUGUGUCCCACGGCUGCGUUUCCAAGAUCCUGUGCAGGUACCAGGAGACGGGCUCCAUCCGUCCCGGUGCCAUUGGUGGCAGCAAGCCCAAGCAGGUGACAACGCCUGACGUGGAGAAGAAAAUUGAGGAAUACAAAAGAGAGAAUCCAGGCAUGUUCAGCUGGGAAAUCAGAGACAAAUUACUCAAGGACGCGGUCUGUGAUCGAAACACCGUGCCCUCAGUGAGUUCUAUCAGCCGCAUCCUGAGGAGUAAAUUUGGGAAAGGUGAAGAGGAGGAGGCCGACCUGGAGAGGAAGGAGACAGAGGAAAGCGAAAAGAAGGCCAAACACAGCAUAGACGGCAUCCUGAGCGAGCGAGCCUCCGCACCCCAAUCAGAUGAAGGCUCUGACAUCGACUCUGAACCAGAUUUACCACUAAAGAGGAAACAGCGCAGGAGCCGAACCACUUUCACAGCAGAACAGCUUGAAGAACUGGAACGUGCUUUUGAGAGAACUCACUACCCUGAUAUUUAUACCAGGGAGGAACUGGCACAGAGGGCAAAGCUUACUGAGGCCCGAGUACAGGUCUGGUUUAGCAACCGCCGUGCAAGAUGGAGGAAGCAAGCUGGGGCCAAUCAGCUGAUGGCUUUCAACCAUCUCAUUCCGGGGGGCUUCCCUCCCACUGCCAUGCCGACUCUGCCAACCUACCAGCUGUCAGAGACCUCUUACCAGCCCACAUCAAUUCCACAAGCUGUGUCGGAUCCCAGCAGCACCGUUCACAGACCUCAACCUCUUCCUCCGAGCACUGGACACCAAAGCUCUAUUCCUUCCAACCCAGACAGCAGCUCUGCCUACUGCCUCCCCAGCACCAGGCAUGGAUUUUCCAGCUAUACAGACAGCUUUGUGCCUCCGUCGGGGCCCUCCAAUCCCAUGAACCCCGCCAUUGGCAAUGGCCUUUCACCUCAGGUAAUGGGACUCCUGACCAACCAUGGUGGGGUACCUCAUCAGCCCCAGACCGAUUAUGCGCUCUCUCCUCUCACUGGGGGCCUCGAACCUACCACCACGGUGUCGGCCAGCUGCAGUCAGAGACUAGACCAUAUGAAGAGCUUGGAUAGUCUGCCAACAUCUCAGUCAUAUUGUCCACCUACCUAUAGCACCACGGGCUACAGUAUGGACCCUGUUACAGGCUACCAAUAUGGGCAGUACGGACAAAGUAAGCCUUGGACUUUCUAGGGGACAAUUAGUUUUGGAAAAAAGAUAAAUUCUACUCUUGCUUCAGAAAGGAGAGUAAAAAGCACGAUUAAGCCUUACAUCCCAGCAUUACUAUUGUGGCCAAGCCAGCUAAUUGUUCCAGCAAGGUCUCCCUUAUAUAAUUAUUUUCUUAACUGAUGUCAACAACAUCUUGCAGUCAUUAAUUGCUGAGACGUGAAAACUGAUUGCCUCUAAGUGAAACACAAGGGUUGGCCAAAAUGAAACAACCUCUAGCAUUAGAAACACAUGUUCUUAAUGAGGUCAGCUUUUAAGGAUUAUAUAGGGUAUAAUCCCAGUGACACAGAGUUGUGUCAAACUUGUUUUAGGAAUAAAAAUAUUAGUCUUCAUCCUUUGAUAGCAUGGUAUUAAAUAUGACAUCGUCAGCCUGUAGCUGAUGUUACUUCUGAUGGUGAAUUGUCUCAGCAUAACCUAAAAAGCUCCGUGUGUUUCCUUACAGGUGCCUUUCAUUAUCUCAAGCCAGAUAUCGCAUAAGUGAACUGUCCACUUGGAGCUAAAACUGGCCUCGUUUCCGGUCUCCACAGCCUAGAUAUGAAGAAUCUUCUCAGAAAUAAAAAGAAAAAAA